AUGGCUGCAAGAGCUCUAUGGAAACUAGCCAAGGGAAAUUCAUCUAUUUGCCGUAGCAUUACUGAAUCAAGAGCACUGCUUUGCUUUGCAGUGCUGUUAGAGAAUGGGACUGAAGAUAUUCAGUACAAUUCAGCUAUGGCAGUAAAGGAAAUCACAGCUGUGGCGGAGCAAGAUUCUGAUUUGAGAAAGUCAGCAUUCAAGCCUAAUUCGCCCGCUUGCAAAGCUCUUGUUGAUCAACUUGUGAGAAUCAUCGAAAAAGAAGAUUUAAAUCUGCUUAUUCCGUGCAUUAGAGCUAUUGGGAAUUUGGCUAGGACUUUUCGAGUUACAGAGACGACGAUGAUUAGCCCAUUAGGAAAGCUGCUCGAUGAACGAGAAGCAGAGAUUUCAAACGAAGCAGCCAUUGCACUCGCAAAAUUUGCGUGCAAUGAUAACUACCUUCACAUGGAUCAUUGCAAAGCGAUCGUAAGCAUGGGAGGGGCAAAGCAUUUGAUUCAACUUGUUUUCCUUGGUGAAAAAAUAGUUCAGAGUUCUGCAUUACUUCUGUUAUGUUACAUUGCAUUGCACGUCCCUGAUAGUGAUGAGCUAGCUCAAUCCGAGGUGCUUUCAGUGCUAGAAUGGGCGUCGAAGCAGGCAUACUUGAACCAAGAUGAAAAGGUGGAGACAUUGUUGCAUGAAUCCAAAAGCAGGCUUGAACUCUAUCAAUCCAGAGGAUCAAGGGGAUUCCGUUGA